GUUGGAAACGUGGUUUUAAUUUGACUGUUUGAUCGUUGCUUUGAAUUUUCACUACGAUGUUUAGUCUUGCGUUUAUUUAACGAACAAUGACCUUCUUUGUGGCCAAUGCGAUGACAUUUGCGGCAUUUAUGAUUCUUAAACGGACAGAAUUUUGCGAAAUGCCAUGCUCCGCAGGACCAGCAUGGUGAUGGGGGGUUGGCAGGUUGUUUCCUGCUUGUACAGUUUUGUUUCGAUGAUUUUAUGGAUCGGAGCGCAUUAAUUGAAUCAGAACCGGAAGGUUUAACCUUCUGUUGCACCAUCGCAGUGUCAUGCUUGAGAUUAAGUAACCGCUGACAUUCGGUUGUAACCAUUUGUAAUGUCAUAUUUGGUUCUUGUUCAAUGCGUGCCAACAUUCUGGUACGGACAUCUGCAUCUUCUUCAUUCUUUAGACCACAUAUGAAAAUCAAGCAUUUAAAUUGGUCCGCUGUGAUUUCGUUUAUUUUGAAGCGUUCGCACUGUCGAUUUACCUUCCCGGCAUACGUGAGGUAAUCGUCCUCUGGAGGUUUCGUUAUUUGGAAGCAUUUAUAGCGAGUAUUAAAUAAUGAGGACUGUUCAUCGAAAAUAUCAGAUAGAAUCUGAACUGUGUCUUUGAAUGAUACCUCUCUUGGAUUUUGCGAGUUCUCUGUCAAAAGUAACACAAAUAACACUCUCCAUAAAUUCGUAAUGCAAGGAACUGUUUUCAAUUGAUCUGUGGAAUAAUACUGGUUUAUUUUAUGGAGUUAACAAUUAUGUUAUCGCAUAAUUCGAAUCACGAAAAAACACCUGUAUGUGAAAAUUUUCCUAGCAAUACAACCGAUGGCUUCAUCAAACCUUCUUUACCUCCGUUGAUUUCAAACAUUUUAGACCUGUUAACCGAUGAAGAACUAAAACGUCGUUUAGAAUCUGUCUUGUUAGACAGAGAAUCGGAACUAUUAGAAUCUCAGUCAGCCUGUAAGGAUGCACAGAAUGAGGCCGUAGAGUCACGGAAACAGUUAGUCAAACUUGAACUUGAAUUGGCAAAUAUCAAAAGCGCUGCAGAAAUGUUAAUGACUGAACAUGAGGAUGCCUUAUUAACCUUGAAAAGACAGUAUGAUGAAGAGUUGUCCUCGCUGCUGAUAGCUUCUGAGCAGGGUUAUUUACAUCAGUUUAUAGAUGGUCAGUGUUCAAACGAUACAUCACAUUCAUCACCAACUGAAAAUGAGAAUUGUCCAACCUCCAAAUCAUCACUUCUUAUCACUGAAAAAAAGUCAGCUCAAAGUUUAGCUAAUCAAGCAUUGGAUAAAGUAGAGAAAUUAGUUCGACGUGUUGGUCAUAAAGCACUAACAAAUAAUUUUAUUUUAAACAAAUCCACUGUUUCAUCUUUUUGGGCAAAUCAUGACAUUGGUUCAAACAAAGAGGAGGAUAAUGAUGAUGACUAUAUACGAGCAAUAAUUGAACCUUACGAAACAGAAAUUACACGUCUACAACAAAUUUUGAUCAAUGCUUCGAUUCCAUUCACUAAGACAACAUUACAUCCUAAUUCAGCAACAAGUUAUAAGUUAUCAGAGGAGAAAAUUGUCAAUAAAAUUUCUCAUAAUUCAAAUAUGAAGAUAGAAAUUUCUGGAAACAAUAUUGACAAUAACAACAAUAAUAAUGAUAAUAAUAAUGAUCCUGCUAGUAAUCCGAGUAAUUCAAUUCAGAGAUCAUGUGACCAAAUGACAGAAAAGCAUUCUAUGCACAAAUCACCUGAUAAUUGUAAUGAUCAUAUCAAUUCGUAUGAUGACAGAAAUACUCAAUCGACUGUUGUCACACAACCAAUGUGUGAUCAUUCUACAUCUUUUGAAGGGCAAAUCUACCUAACCGAUACAAUGAAAAAUUUACAAAAACAGCUUUCCAUCGUUAGAAAUGAAUUAGAUUUGAAAAGCCACGCUUUGAAAGUUGCUACAGAUCGUCAAUUAGAAUUGGAAAAUGCCCUUAAAACUCAAGUUGCUGAACAAACAUCUAAAAUAGAAAAAAUUAGUACAAUUUCUAAUCAAUUGGGUCAACGAUUAGAUGGUUUGCAGUUAAACUACCAAUCUUAUCGUGAAACAACUGAAAAAGAAAUAUCCACUUUAUUAGUUGAGCGUAAAAUUGCUAGUACAAAUCUAGAAAUUCUUCGUUCACAUUAUGAUGCUCUGGUUGGUAGACGUUCACAAGCUGCUAUUGAAUUAAGUAGACAACCAAUUCAAUUACCAAAUGAGAAAGAUGAAUUAGAACAUUUGACGUUAAAAUUAUAUGAAGAAAAUUUAUCAUUUCGUGAAGCACGUGAUCAUUUAGAAGAAUGUUUAAAGAAGGAAACUGAAACUCACAGAGAACAGCUAGCAAAUGAACAACAAGAGCGUAUUAAUUUUGAAUCGUCAAUUCUACAAGAAUUGGAAGAUGCACGUAGACGUCUAGCUGAUCUUGCCAAUAUUACAACUGAACGUGAUAAUGAAACUGUUCUAAGACAGAAAUGUGAAGAUGAAUUAAAAAUGUCCAAAUUUAAGUUGAAUGAAAUACAGGCUAAAUAUGAACUGACCGAAACUAAUUUAACUGAAGCUCAGAAAAGAAUUAUUGAUCUACAAGAUCAAGUUAUUCGAUUGCAAAAUGAUUUAGACAAUGUGGAAUCGGUUCAAGCUGAUUUUGUUCGUUUGUCACAAAAUUUACAAGUUCAACUGGAAAGAUUAAGACAACAAGAUCAAGAAGUAAGAUGGAUUAGUCCAGAUGACGUGACCAACUGUUUUUCGUGUAAUUCAGCAUUUCCAGUUGGACUUUCUAAUAGUAACAAUUCGAAAAAAAUCAAUUGUCGUCAUUGUGGUAAAGUUCAUUGUUCCAAUUGUACAAAGAAUACUAUGCCAGCUGGACCAUUUGGUCAUCCGGCUGUUGUAUGUGAUGUAUGCCAUACAUUGUUGAAUAAAAAUAUUGCUCCGUAUUUCAGCACAACAUCAUUAAAUAAUAAUAAUAAUAAUAAUAAUAAUAAUAAUAAUAAUAAUAAUAAUAAUAAUAAUAAUAAUAAUAAUAAUGGUAAUAAUAAUCAAAGGGAUCACUUUCCAUCUUCUAAACGUUUCAGUCUAUCAUCGCCUACACAAUCCUCAACUAAUCUAUCAACUAAACCUUCUUAAUAACACUUAUUCAUUAUUUAUCCUUUCAUAAUAUCAAAUUACUACUGUUUUGUUUCUGCUCUUUCGUUCAAAUUUCUCUUCUAAUCUAACUGAUCUAUAAUAAAUUGUUUGAGCUGUCAUAAAUUAAUUGCAUAAUCUUUACCCUUUUUUUACUUCACUUCCUUCACAGUGUAUACACAAAUUAAUUAUUAUAUAUUAUUUUGCCUUUUUAUGUAUUUAUUACUGUUUUAAUGUUUACUUUAUACUUCUUUGAAUUAUUUCUUCAUGUUGACUUGUAUGUGUGUAUGUGAAUCCCAUACACUAAUGAGUUUGUGUUCAUGUGAUGACAGAAAUCGUCACAUAACCGUAUUUGUGCGUUUUUUUUGUAUGAACUCAAUCAAGUUUGUAUAUUUAUGUUACUUUUGUUUUAUUCAUUUAAAUAUUCACUGUACCAUCUUAUUAUUAUUAUUACUUUCAUUAUUAUUAUUAUUAUACAUACAUGUCUUUCAAACUUAAUGUUUGUGUCCGUUUAUUUGGUUUUCCUCAUCAGCAAGAUGUGCUACUUUGUUUUCAUUUCAGUAGUAUAAAAUAUGUAUUCGUUUUGUUUUGAAAAAGCACACAUUAGUUUGCCUAUACGAGUAUUAGCAUGAAAUUUAUUAAUUAUUCUAUUCAUAUUAAACAUAAUAAGAAACUAUUCCAUUCUUACUUAUUUAUCUAUUUUUUCGAUAUGUUGAUUAUGUUAAACAUGAUCACGUAUCAAUCAUUUUUGACGAUUUAUAUGAUAGUGUGAACAAAACAACAAUGAUAAACAGUUCUUUAGAUUUGUAUGAAUUUAAUUCAUUUCUUACUUUUUGAAUCGCUAGCUGAGGAAAAAACAGACUUAACAAGGAGAUUUAAAUAGGCAAUAGUGAAACGUGUCCGUCGAGUGUAUAGGUGUAGUUAAUAAAAUGUAAGUUGACAAGUCAACUAUUUCUGUUUUCUUCCUCACACGCUUCCUGAUGCUAACAA